AGGCCCACUAUGGCAGCUCCAAGCUCCAGUGGUUUGGAAGUUCUCCUGUCCUCACUUCAGAAUGGAGAUGAUACUGAGAGUAUGCUUAACACGCUCAACGUUCUGGAUGAGCUGCUUUCUGCAGGCACGGACAGACGCAUCCAUUACAUGAUCUCAAAAGGUGGCAGUGAAGCUCUGCUGAUGGCCCUGGUGAACACGGCCAGGACCAUUAACCCCAACUACACCAUCCUUUUGCCUCUGCUGCACCUGCUGGCUAAAGUUGGCCAACGAGAUUGCAGGAUUGGCGUGAAGGCAGAAAAGGCUGAGGCUGUGUUGCUGACUUUGAGUCUGCUGAGGCAGAACAUGAACCAUGCCAGGAGAGCAGCCGCCUGUCUCUGGCUCCUUAGGGUCUUCUGCUCCUCUGUCACCACGGCAACCUUGCUCGGAAGGAACCGAGGGCUGGACGCGGUCUUCAAACUGAUAUACCCUCACACUACCAAGCACUUGCGUACAGUUAAGGCUGCUAUUGAUGCUCUAGCAGCAUUACUAUGCUCAAAGGCAAACUGUAAAACAGCGGUUGCCAAGGGCUACAUCUCUGACCUGUUAAAGCUGUAUGAGGACUGGCACAUCAAUGAUGCCAGCCACGAGCACGUUCCCAUUCGCCGGUCUCUCCUCCACUGCCUGCAUCACGCCUCAAACACUAGUGUUGGCAGAACCACCCUGGUGGCAGAGGGGGGCAUUGCUCUACUGUACCACACCACACAGAUGUGCUUGGCCACCAAGAGCCUUGAGUGUUUGGUUGAAUCUGCAGUGCAGCUCAUGAGGAAAUGCUAUCCAAAAUGCCCUAUUGCACUGACCUCAGAUCAGAGUGUUCACCGUUUCCCACUGCCUGGCAGGCCUGAUGACGGCUGGGACGAUGUUCUAGGACUUCAGGAUGACAGCUUUGAAGACGACAGUGAUGAUGACAACAUGGAGAACGAAGAGUCUGACUACAAAGACUAUGAGGAUGACCUGGAGACAGACCUGAAUAAGCUGCGUGCGCGGCCCGAGUCAGACAGGCCCCUGGAACAACUGGCCCAGUACAUGCACCUCUGUCCAGAACUACACCAUGAUUUCCAGGAUUUGGACUCGGGUUCUGAGGGAGAGGGAAGCUCAGACGAGGACAGCCUGCUGAACGGGAACUUUGAGGACAAGAGGCAGAGAGAGAGACAUUUCAGAGCGGGCCCCAAGAGUUCUCAUUCACCUUCUUCCUCAGAUACCUGCUCUAAAGCUGGGGAAGAAAAGCAGAGCCUGACCUUAAAGGAGGGACACCCAGAGGAGAGCCAACUGAAAGCCCAGGACUUUCAUAGCCACAAUCUGAGCUGCUCCAGAACCAAACAGUCGGACCAUUGCAGCAUGGUGGACCGACUUCUGGAGAAGUAUGGAGCCUGUGUUCCCCAUCACGACCCGCGGCUCUAUGCUGCCUCUGCCGCCCACACCAAAUCCAUCGCUAAUUACUCCAUCCUGGCCUUCCCAGAUUUCUGGGGCCACCUUCCACCACGUGGUCAAGAACCAAUGGCUAACCGCCGACCCCAUGUGCAGAGAAAGAAAGUAUUUGAAGACAUCAAACGCCUUCUCUGUCCUGAAGAUAUCAUCAACAAAGUUGUAUUUGAUUUAGAGGAUCCCAGCACCCAGUGCUCCUCUACGGAGACUCAUCCACCCUCUCUACGUUUCUUUUCCAAAUUUGAAUGUGGUAACCUUCGCAAAGCCAUACAGGUUCGCAGCCAUGAGUAUGAUCUGAUUCUCAACGCAGAUGCCAACUGCUUUCAGCAUCACCAGUGGUUCUAUUUCGAGGUUAGCGGCAUGGUGGCUAAUGCUCCGUACCGCUUUAACAUCAUCAACUGUGAGAAGGGCAACAGUCAGUUCAACUACGGCAUGCAGCCAGUGCUGUACUCUGUGAGAGAAGCUCUGGAGGGCAGGCCCCAUUGGAUGAGAACAGGCAGUGAGAUCUGCUACUACAGAAAUCACUUCUGCCCCAGACGAGGUCAAAAGCGAACCAACUUCUACACCCUGACCUUCAUGGUGACCUUUCGACAUGAGGAGGAUGUCUGUUACUUAGCCUACCACUACCCUUACGCCUACUCUGCCUUACAAAGCCACCUUCAGCUGCUGGAGCAGUCAGUAAACCCCCGUAAAGUAUUCUUUCGGAAGCAGAAUCUGUGCAGUACACUAAGUGGAAACCCGUGUCCACUAGUCACCAUCACAGCCUGCCCUACAUCCAGAGCCUGGAAACAUCUUCAUCAGCUUCGCAACCGGCCAUGUGUGGUGCUGACAGCGCGGGUUCACCCAGGAGAGAGCAAUGCCAGCUGGGUGAUGAAAGGAACCCUGGAGUUCCUGUGCAGCAGCGACCCUGUGGCAGAGAGUCUGCGUGAGGCCUACAUUUUUAAGAUCAUCCCCAUGCUUAAUCCAGACGGAGUCAUCAAUGGCAAUCAUCGAUGUUCCCUCAAUGGACAAGAUCUGAACAGACAGUGGAUGAAACCAGAUCCCAACCUGAGUCCGACAAUCUACCACGUCAAAGGCUUCCUCUACUACCUCAACAGCAUUGGUCGAACCCCGCUGGUGUUCUGUGAUUACCACGGCCACUCAAGGAAGAAGAACGUCUUCUUGUACGGCUGCAGCAUGAAGGAGACACUGUGGCAGUCUGGCUCAGUUGUGGACACAGCCUCGUUAAAGGAAGAUCCAGGAUACAGGACAAUCGCCAAAACCCUGGAUCGAAUAGCCCCAGCAUUCUCUUUCAACAGCUGUAACUUCCUGGUGGAGAAAUCGCGGGCAUCCACCGCACGGGUGGUGGUUUGGCGGGAGAUUGGAGUUCUCAGGAGCUAUACGAUGGAGAGCACGUAUAAUGGCUGUGACCAAGGCAUCUACAAGGGCUUGCAGAUGGGAACACGAGAGCUGGAGGAGAUGGGGAUGAAGUUUUGUCAGAGUCUGCUGACGCUCAGAAGGAGCACCAUGCUCUACAGCAGUCGUCUCAUAAGCCACGCCUCCAACCUGCUCGACCUGGACGACAGCCUCCUGGACCACAAGUCCCAAAACUGCUUUGAGGAUGACGAGCCUCCAUGUGUGGAGGAGAUUGAGUUCGCAUCCUACACUUGCCAGGAUCAGGGAGGAGAUGAACUGGAUACAGAGGUGAAUGGUAACACGUCCAGUGCAGAGGAUGAAGAAGAAGAGCGAGAGAAGGAAGAAAAAGGCCAGCGACGCUCCGACAGGAAGUCCCGUCUCUUUCCCCAUUUGGUGCACGCAGAAUCUCUAGAGACACUGACGAUGAAGAAAAACACAUGCAAUAGCAUUGACAUCACCAACGAAUACCUGAGCUAG